AUGAAGACUGUGACUUGCUACAAUUGCGGCGUAGAAGGCCAUAUUAGCCCAGAGUGCACUAAACCGAAGAAGAAUCAGUCUAGUGGGAAGGUCUAUGCUUUGUCUGGGUCACAGACUACUCCGGAGGAUCGGUUGAUUAAAGUAACUACUUCUUUUGCUUGUUUGAAUUAUCCGGUUGAUAUUUUUGGUAGAAAAUUUGGGAUGGAGUUAGUGUGCCUUCCGCUUGAACAACUUGACGUUAUUCGGGGAAUGAACUGGAUGGAAUUCAACCGGGUUCAUAUUAAUUGCUUUACGAAGACGGUUAUCUUUCCCGAAGAGAGCAGUGUUGAGGAUUUGGCGAUGACUACUAAGCAGUUAAAUGAAAUGGUGAAAGAGAAAGCGGUGAGUAAUGAAUUACCGGUAGUACAAGACUUUCCAGAGGUUUUUCCAGAAGAGGUGAGAGAGUUGCCACCUGAGAGGGAGGUGGAGUUUGUAGUUGAAUUAAUUCCUGGGACGAGUCCUGUGUCGAUGGCGCCUUAUCGCAUGUCAGAAUCCGAGUUGACUGAAUUGAAGAGUCAAUUAGAAUAG